AUGGAAGCAAGGUGCCUCCGUGUGCCAAGCAGGGGGUCUCUGCAGAUGCAGGAAGGCCAUGGGGCAACCGAGCGGGUGGCCCCCACCUGUGUGGGUCCAGAGGUGCAGCUUCAGGUGGGAGCUCUUGAUGUAGAUCUUCUUGCAGCCGGCAAAGCUAAGCCCACUGAAGGAAAAGGUGCUGUUCCCCAGCUCAGCAAGCGGGAUUUAAAAGUGAUUAGAAAAGAGCGCCUUCUGGAGGCCAAGGAAACAGGCCCUCGGCUGUGUAUCGAUUUGAGCAUGACCAGUCACAUGACUUAUAAGGAAACAAGCCAGCUUGCCGCUCAGAUAAGGCGGCUCUAUGGGUCGAACAAGAAAGCUCAAAAGCCCUUUUGGAUCUAUCUUACUGGGUUUGAGAAAAACAGCCCAAUUUAUGAAGCAUGCCUGAGGAUGAAUGAUGGAUUUACCAAUUACCUGAUGGAUGUCACUCCAGAAAGUUAUCUUGACGUAUUUCCUUUAGAAAUGAUGGUUUACCUCACUCCAGACUCUGAGAAUGCUCUUGAGGAAGUUGACCUGCGCAAAGUGUAUAUCCUUGGGGGGCUGGUGGAUGAAAGCAUUCAAAAGAGACUUACCUUCCAAAGAGCCCAGGAAGAACAUCUGCAAACAGCACGGCUGCCAAUCCAAGAGUACAUGGUAAAACAUGUCAAUGCAAAGAACUAUCAUUCUACAACACUGGCAAUCAACCAAGUGUCUGAUGCCUUGUCAACUUUCUGUGAGACUAGGAGUUGGGAAGAAGCCCUUAAAGCUGCAGUUUCUCCAGGAAAAGGAUAUGUCCUUCGAGAGACAGCACUGUGACACAAAGAAUCUACGUGCAAAAGGUGGUCAUGAGGAGGAUGGGUUAGAAGGAUGGGUCUCCAAUAACCCUCAUCUACUGAACUCAUCUCCACUUCUGUGGAGCCAAUCAGUUGUGGGGCUAAUCAGUUGCUUGUUCUUAAUGAAUCUCUCUUAGGAGAAUGGGUGAAAAUAUUCUAAUAUCACUAUUAACUGUUAGCUGCCAAUGGCAAGAUCUUCUUUUCUUGAGUGGGAUACUCCACUGCCCAUAGAACCUUCAGUGUUAACAGGGCCUACAUCUA